CUAACGGUGCGCGAUAUACGGUCAAGGGCUGAUGUUGGUCGAAUCGAUCGUCGGGAUCCAAUUUACGCGCAGCGUGACGAGUGCCUGAAGUGCAGUCCAUCGAUGUCCACCUCCCUCGGUGCUCUAUUUUGCUCAGAUUCUAUCGUAGCUUAGGCGAUAUCAAAAUGGCUUCCACGUUGCUUUGUACUGUCUAAGGGACUAGUGGAUUCGUUGCGUAGUAGGAGAUAGCUUUAUAUGGGGUUUAAUAUGCCUAAUGAAUGCCUAUACUCAGUCAAAAGCUGAUGUCAAGAUGGACACAUCCAACCCGAAGCAGAAGACGGCGUUGGUCACCGGAGCGAAUGGAUACAUCGGUGAAGCUGUGGCUCGAGCAUUCCAAAGGGCAGGUUUCAAGACGCUGGGCCUCGUCCGUACUCCCCAGUCGGCGAUCGUGCUAGAGAAACACUCCAUCAUCCCCAUCACGGGCUCUGCGGCAAAGUACGAGGAUGUGCUGGCCGCGGUCAGGACGCAUAUCACCGCCAUCGACGUGAUUGCUUCCACGACAGAAGACAAGCGGAACUACGUUCAGCACUUCACGGACACGAUGGUCCUAUUUCGAGCGCUGGCCCAGAUGUCCAAUGAGCAAGGCGUGUGCCCUCUCGUACUCAUCACCUCCGGCUGCAAAGAUUACGGACCCGGGGAAGUGGAUGGAUCUCACAAUCUCGUUGCGCACACUGAAGAGGCUUCCCUGAAUCCCCCGCCCUUCCUCAAAAACAGGACCACAUACUCGCUCCAGGCCUUGCAGGAAGACUCCUUCGAUGCUGUCGUUCUACGCCCUACCAACGUCCACGGCGGUUCGAGUUCGUACUUCGGCGAGUUCUUCGAACUGGCAGCUGACGCCAAAAAGGACGGCCGACCACUGCACUUCGACUCCGAUCCUCGCACCAUCGUCCACAGCAUGAACGUCAACGACUGCGGAGACGCAUACGUCGCGUUGGCGAACCACCCCAAUCGUUCGGAAGUCGCGGGGCAGUGUUUCAACGUCUCGGCCGGGAAGCGCUACGAGACGCUGCGUGAAGUUGGACAUGCCCUCGUCAGACUCUACCAGAUCCCGCAAGGCCUGCAGUUUGGUGCGUCUGAGCGUGGCGUGCUGGAGCCUUCGAAUAUGUUGACCAACUUCUCGCAAUAUGUUUCAUCGGAGAAGAUUCGCUCGUUGACGGGCUGGACUGAUGAGAGUCCGAUGUUUGCGCAGGACAUUCGACGGUAUCAGCAGGAGUACCGGGAUGCGAAGCAGGGCGGAGGUGGGAAGUAGAUCAUGUCUAGACUUGUCGGGCGUGUUCUUGAGACGGAGUAUUGGAAGUUCAGGCCAGCCGUUUCAAUACUUUACUGUUUGACUGUCGUGGUACUACUGGUCGUUGAGCACGCGAAGGAUUGUGACUACGCGCGAAACCGAUGACAUUGGAGAAGGGCAUUUUCGAUGAGCCUCCGCGCCAUCGACUGUCGAUACCUUCAUACGACCAUCGUAAGAUGCCAUCCCAUCGCGCGUUUUCCCUCAAUUCAGUGUCUCUGUUGAUCGGAGAAGGAGCGAUACGGAAGGGCGAGAAUAAACCGCCAGCCUUACGUCACGCUUGCGCAAAGCACCGGAACGUUCCAUUGUCGGAAGGUGCACAUCACUUUUACUGGCUCAGCCUUCCGUCUCAUCAC